UCAUCUAGGCACAUUGCAAAUGAACAUGACAUUCUACUAAUAGAUCACGCAAUACGAGAAAUUCACCAGAGAUUUGGUGCUACAUUCAGUUGUAUACUGACAUCCAAUAGUUAAUUGCAGGCUCGUCAAGAAUGCUAAUGAAUGAAACAUUUGCGUAACCUAAACAUCAAUGUAGCCCUUGACGAAAAUGUCCUACCAAGAGUUGAGAAAAUUGCGAAACUAGAAGAUCACAAUUGGUCAAAGUCCCAAACGAUUGCAGUUGAUUUAGGUCCCAGGAGUUGACAUUUACAAGUGGUAUUCUGAGCAAAGAUAUACAAUAGAUGUGACAACUCAUUCAAUAAAUAGACUCUGUAUAAAAUAAGUCUGCAUUAGGCAGUAUCACAAUAGGAUUAAACUGACGUCUCCGUGGUAUUAGAACAUGAUAAUAGAACAAGACAUAGAAGUACAGCACUUAAGUUAUUUUCCCAAUUUAUUCUCCAGAACAUUAAUUUAUUGAUUUUGGAUUCACAUAAAACAACAAUGAACAUUUUGUUUCUGACACCGCAAGGAUUGAUGAUGUGUGCAGAACAUUAGUGUGACGCGUAACUUUAUAAUCGGCCAGUCCUGGCUAGGAUUAGUACCACUGUUGCCUCGGGGAAAUUAAAGCUAACGUUUUCUAGUGUAACUCAAUCAGAAGUAUUAUUGGAUUACAUGUGAUGAUUUCACUGCUGGCUUUUACGUUAAAGAGGAUUACAACUUUUUGAAGAGGACAUCUCUUACGAUUCCACUUCAGUUUGUUAAUGACAUCAUUGAGACAGUAAGCACACUUGGAAAUAUACCCAAUAUUCACUGAACUACACUUAUACAGUCAUUAAAUUCAAAUAUUGAUUUGAUUGGUCGAACAGGAACUUGAUAUUGGCAUCAUUAAAUGAAACACAUCAGCCGAGUAUUACACCACAUAAGGCUGACUGGGAUAUUGGAUACAAAGUCCAAAUAAACUCAAAAAUCAAUCUCUGUGGAAAACGUAGCCUAGCAAAAUAUGUAAAAAUAUUGGUGAAAUAUGACGUUUUAUCAUCUGGGAUGUAAUAAAUGUCAAGAGUGGAAGUUAAUGUGUAACCAACCGGAAUAAUCUCUUAGCUGUUACUUUGACAUUCUACGCUUCAUGUGGAUCUAUAAUACAUGCUCCAAAUGCUAAUUCCAACGCAGCUUCACUUUCAAUGGAGUAGUAAAAGGAUUAUUUGAAAGAUCACGAAAAUAUUAAAAUGCUUACUAUAGUGAUGAUGACAACAACGAUGGUAACAAUCAUGCUAAGAUGUCUCAUAUUGACGACAAUAUUACAACUGUUGGUCCCUAUAGAUGCUGCAAGCUGGGACACAGUAUGCCCAGAUCAAUGUUUAUGUGACUUGAAAAAGUCUCCUUACAUCGGGAAAAAAUUAUUAAAAACUUUGGACUGCGAGGGGAAAGAACUGACUAAACUUCCUGAUGAUAUUCCAGAGGACACACAAGUGUUGUUAUUAUCAGGCAAUCUUUUUACAACGAUAAAUCGGGAUCUGCCCCAAUUACGUAAACUCCUAAUGAUUGAUCUAUCAAACAAUACAAUCAACAAAAUGGGGCAGCAUCCAAUAUUUGAGAAGAUUGAGUUACUGAGGUGGUUAAACCUGGGGCACAAUGCUAUCUCUAAGUUAAACCAUGGAGGAUUCAGUGGAUUGCUUAACCUAGAAGUGCUUGACAUUUCAAAUAACAAUAUAUCAGAGAUUGGUGACCAUGCAUUUGGAGGACUGAACAACCUGCAUAAACUUUCACUAAAGAAUAAUAAUUUGCAGACAAUAAAUCGGUCCUGGUUCUUCGGACUUUCACAUCUCCAGGAACUUGAUAUCAGUGGCAAUUUCCUCAUUAAUCUAAAUGAUGGGGACUUUAAUAAGACACAGCGCUUACAAAAACUGAAUCUAGCAAGCAACAAUGUGGAGAGCAUAAGCAGAAGGGCUUUCCAAGGCCUAGAGACUCUCGAGUUCCUGGAUUUGAGUGACAACAAUAUGGAAACUGUGCCAUACAUCUCCUUCACUAGGUUCCAUAAGAUGGUCAUCCUCACUCUGGACAAUAACCCCAUCACGCACCUUAAGAUGGGUGACUUUGAUCGCGUCAUGGUGAAGGAACUGAAUGUUAACAAUAUGCCAAAUCUGGAAUAUAUAGACGCAAAAGUGUUCAUCAAUAUGGUUGAAUUGAUCAAUCUACAGUUACAUGAUAACCCUAAACUAAUGCAUAUAGACCCACAGGCAUUUGUCAAACUCCCAAAGCUUACGCGACUUUAUGUACACAAUAAUGCAUUGCUGUCUCUACCUGUGGAGUUGCUAGGCAACCUACCAAGUCUGAAGCUGAUCAGUUUCUAUAACAACCCUGUAUAUUGUGACUGUAACAUAUACUGGAUCCAACAGACCCUGCUGAACACAACUAACAUGUCAAGUGUAGAGUUCCAGCAAGCGGAUAAAAUAGUUUGUGAGACCCCAUAUCAAUUUGCCAAACAUAUUCUAACAUCGGUACCCUUGGAUAAAAUCCCGAGGGUCUGCGCCCCAACUGUGAUUCCAUUCUUCAGGGAUAAGGAGCAAAUACCUGUUACUUCCACAGUGAGCUUCUCUUGCAGGGCUAUAGGUGUCCCCACACCCAAUAUACAUUGGAUUCUUAACACAAGGAAGAUUUUAAAUGGAACAUCUAAUCACAGCCGUUUAAAACUAUUCAACAGUGGGACUCUACAGAUUGGGCACGUAAAGGCAAAGGACGCUGGCACAUACGCAUGUAUGGCUACUAAUGCAGUGAGUCACGACACUGCUUCAAUGGUGCUAGGCGUGCAUAGCACUAACAUCAGAAUUAUCACACAAGGAGUUUCAAGUAACUUCAUCACUAUCACAUGGAAUGGUACAGACCAGACAGUCUCCAGUACACAGUACAAGAUUCUCUGGAAAUCUUCAAUAUCCAACCACCCACCAGAGGUGAUACACCUUAGGCCCUAUAUGAGGACAUAUACAGUCACUGACUUAAUACCAAACACUCUGUACCAGUUCUGUAUCUCAUUUGACAAUUUAGGUGACAAAGAAAUUCUAAACUGUGCAGAUAUACAAACUAAGCAGCAAAUGUAUAUUUAUCGAGGUAUACAAAAGUACAAUAAUAUGGCCGUUAUUGCUGCGCUGACAGUCACAAUAUCAACAAUUCUCUCUGUCUGUUUAGGAGCUGUAAUAUUACGACGGUACCGCAUGCGAAAGAACUAUAAAGAACCAGAAGGGACUAAUUAUAAAGUAGAAAGCAUGUCUAACAUUCCUCUAGAUAAUAUUUAUCAUCCACCUUCUACGCCUUUGUGCACUUCUCGAACAUCUUUGAUAUCAAAUGCACAACCAACGUCACAAUCUCAUGUUCCUGGCAGUUCAUCACAAUCCCAAGCAUGACUAUUGGAUUAAAAUCACAAUGACAGAUCCCUGACAGUUUUAUCACAAUCUCAAGCAUGACACUAGGAAUAUAAUCACAAUGACAGAUCCCUGGUAGUCCAACACAAUCUCAUGACUAUAGGUAUGAAUGACAAGUCACUGUAGUUUAACAAUCCCAAACAUAACUAAAUGACUAAAAUCAUAAUAACAGGUCCAUGGCAGUCCAAAUCAAUCAUAUGUGAGCCUAUAGGACUAAAAUCACAAUGACAGGUGUCUGGAAGUUCAACGAAAUCAGAAGCAGCUUAAGGACCAUAAACACAAUGACAGAUCCAGGUACUACAACACAUCUUAAUCUGGUGCCCCCAUGUUAGAUUUCAUACUAGAUUAGAUAAGAUUAGCUUAGAUUAGAAAAAGAUCACCUCUCUCAACUGAACACCUGUAUUAACUUCACAAAUGUAUAUACAUGUAGUUUUCAUUGUGAACAUGUGUCAAAAAGGAAAAGAAUGGUAAUUUUCCUCCCUCAGAAUCCUAUUGAAUCAUGUGUGCAAGUAUUCAAUAAAUACAAAAAUAAUUAAAGCAACUAUGAGCAGCUAACUUCUUUCAAUAGAUACUGUACAUAAAAAAGAUUAUUUUGAACAUAUAGUAUAAAACUGUGUAUAUAAAGCAGUAAAUUGAAGGAUGAGCUUAAAUCCCCAAAUCUGAAAUCUGAACUUAUAUUAGAUUGAUGUUUUAACUUUGUACAGUUGUAAUAAUUUUGCAAUUUUAGAAAGAGAGUGUGUGUAGAAUAUAAUCUACAUUAUGUACAAAUGAUGAUAUAAUUCAAAAUAAAUUUUGUUCACUAAAAAUAGAUUAGAAUAAAUGUAUUUGUCAUCUUCUAAAUGACUCUUAAUAUCUAAGUUAAAAUAAUGAGGCCAAUUGAAAGUUCAGAGUGACAUUUCCAUGUCAAGGUCAUGUGGAAGGUCAUGCCAAGGUCACCUGCGGGAUAUUGGGGGAAUAUGUGGGCUACUUAAUUGCCAGCUCCUAUAUCAUAUCUAUU